AUGAAUUAUACAAACUGGCAAACAGUAAAAGAGGACGAACUUGAGCAACAUCAUCACCACCAACAACACCAACAUCAACAACAACAGCAACAGCAACAGCAACAGCAACAACAGCAACAACAACAACAACAACAACAAAUCCCAACAAAUCUUUCAUUUAGAAAUCCUGUUGUUUCUAAUAGUGUCAAGAAUCCAUCAUUGACAGGUGGGUCUGUGAUUGAUGCAUCAACAACAGAUCCCGCGUUAUCCUCGACGCCAUCAGCAUCUGUGCGUAAAUACAAUCAAAAACAAAUUUCAGGUACAAAGAGAGCCGAACAAAAUCGUAAUGCUCAAAGGGCCUUUAGACAACGCAAGGAAAAAUAUGUUCAGGACUUGGAAAGCAAGUCCCAAGAGUUGGACGAAUUGAAAACAAAAUACAAGAAUUUGAGCAAUGAGAAUGUUCAGUUAAAGGAUUACGUGAUGAUACUUCAAAGAAAGAUUAUUGAGUUGACGCAGGGUAAGGAUAUGCAGCAUGAAAACUCAAUGUCGAAUCUAUUUGGCACAAAAUAG